AACGUGCAUUUUAUGUUUUCAGAACAAAUAAUGGGCUUAGAAUUGAAAAUCUAAUCCCGCCCGGGUCCAGUCGUGGUACAGUGAAACAAAUUUUACGGCUUGGAGAAUACGAGGUGGUGAAGGAGGAUGGAGGGUGAGGAGAAUAUGCGAGGGUUGGAAACCUUGAUGAAUGAAUUCUUUUCUCCGCUCACAGGGAAUGAACGGAAACGAGAGAUAGAGAUCAUGUUGAGUAGGUUUUCUGAACAGAAUUCAUCAUGGCGAGAUUCUUUGUUUUUCCUCAAUCAUUCCUCAAAUCAUUAUGUUUCUAUGUACUGUCUCACCAUCUUAGAACAGGUCAUUCAGCGGCGGUGGUUUGUGAUGAUUGCGACGGAAAAGACUGAAAUUAGAACUAACCUUCAUGUUCUCAUUUCGAACAACAACAAGGGAUUCCCUUCCUUCAUCAGAAACAAGAUCAUGAAGUUAAUAGUGGAUAUUGCAAAGGUUGAUUGGCCGCAUUUCUACCCAGACUUCUUUCCUCAAAUCUUUCGGCUUAUUAAUACCCAGGAAAGUAUACUGGACGGGUUGAAUAUGCUGCUGACCGCUUGUGAAGAGCUAGGGACACCUAGGGAGGAUAUUUCAACCUCAAGGGCCUGUGAGCUGAAGAAGUUAAUGAACCAGCAGGUUUCCCACAUCAGCCUUACCCUCACCAAUAUACUGGAGUCCGUCCUAGACACUCCUGGUAGUACUACUACACCUCCACCCUCACCAUCAUUGUCAGGGGAUUCAGAGGAUAGUAAUUCCAUGGAUGGGAACAUGUUUACCUCUACUACAACCAUUCAUAUGGGAACAUUAAAUAAGGAAUCAAGGUUAAGUCCAACUAGAAACCUGGAUCCCCAAUCCAUCCUGAUAUCCUCAACCUGUCUCAAGUGCUUCUCUCAGAUAUUUUGUUGGGCUGAUCUUCAUUUUGCCGUCAACUCCCGAGUAAUCAACGUUCUGUUUCAGUUCUCCUCUCUUAUAAUGAAAAAUAAACGAACAGAGCAAGGUAUAAAUGAGUUAUCUGUUUUGGCAAUGGAGGCUGUGAAUGAAAUCAUGGCGAAAAAUUACAUUCCUCUAGACUUUCAGGACUAUCUUCUCAGUGUGUACAGGGGAACCCUGGUUAUCCUCCAGGAUAUAGUCUCAGGAGUGGAUGGUGAGGGAAGCAUGUCUCUUGAGGAGGAGUUCCUGGAUAAAAUUACAGAUUUUCUCAAAUAUUUUGUAUCUACUCAUCUAAAACGUUGCGAGAACAAUGCUCAGUUUCCACUUCUUGAGUUCCUAUCCUUGAUGUUUAAAUACAGUUUCCAACAGCCCAGUAUACCAGGGUUCUCCUCCUGUAUGGAAAUAUGGUGUACCGUAGUUGAAUACAUUCAAGGAUCUAUAGAGUUGAAUAAAGAAGAGGGUAGAAUUCUUGUAUCUAGAUAUCAGGAAGCUCUUCUAUCCUUGGUUUAUCAAAUCCUUCGGAAAUUACAGUUCAGAUAUAACGCCGGACAGCUGGAAGAAUUAAACAAUAUUAUUAACCCGGAAAUUAAUCAGGAAACUGAAUGGCAAACAUUUUUAAAUCUUUCUGUGGAGACUAUUAUGAAGGUAGCGGAACUGUACCCUAUAGAGGUUUUAAGAAUCACUGACUCUGUCUGGAAGGAGACCUCCAGUGUUUAUAUGAACCUGGAGAAAGUUAUUCGACCUGGCUCUCCAGUACCCAGGCUGGAGUUGGCGUCUAUAGAAGAUGAACAGAAAUUGGAUUUAUUAUUAAAAGAUUUCUGCAGUUUGCUCCAGCUGGUUGGGAGGAUUUCUGUUCUUUUUAUAGGAGAAAUGUUCUUAGAGCGUCUUGAUACUGGAAUGAACUAUUUGAAAGAGCUGCUCUUAUUGACAACUUUCAGUUCACAAAAAAAAAUUUAUUCAUGCAGCUGUGAAAAUUCCGUGAUAAAGGAGGGUUUUUUAAAAGUUCAUGCAGAAACCCUGGCUGCCUUGAAAGCCUGGUGCCAUUGGCUUGCUGCAUUACAUUCAGAAGCACUAAGUGAUAGUAAAUACACUUGGGUUUGUUCGGAUCUAACAUCUAAAAUUGUGUCAGCUGUUGUUGUUGUUAUUAAAGAUGGUGGAAGUGAUGUACUUGUGCAUGCCGCGUCUCAUUUCUUAGUGACACUGACCGGAACAGUGCGCCCACCAAGUAUAUGGAAGCUAAAGGAGUUUACAGAUCUAUACUCUAGCAUUAGUCAUCUCAGGCUACAGCCUGAUGCGCACAGAUUACUAGUUAGAUCUCUCACUAACGUAUUGCUUCUUCACUGGCCGGGUAUACAGGAGCAGAAAUGGGAAGAUAGAAAGAAACAUUUGACGAAGUUUCUUCGUGAUACAACGGAAGAAUUUAGAAACCUUAGAAUUGAUCCAAAUUUUUCUCAAAGCAAGCAGCUGCAAACUCAGGCUGAACCUAUAAUCCUACACACUCUAUUAAUCCUGGGGGAUCUAGUUGAGAAUGUAUUGAAUGAAGUUACUCAGACUAAAAAACUCUGUCAUGAUUCUCUUAGAGAAUAUAUUGACCUGAGUCUAUGGUUGUUUCCCCUCUACAUUCAUUCUCCGCAACUUUGUGAGCAAAUGUUUAAAUUUUUCCACACAGUCUUUGAUGUGCUCAAAACCCAGAUGGGUUCUAGUUAUGUAGAACAGGCAGUACAAACCUUUCUAUCUCUAUUCGGAGAGAACCAUCUUUCACAGGCAAUUCUAUCCGGUGAGGGAUCUGGUUCAAAGGUUGUUGAGAAGUUUCUUUCAAUUCUCACGUUUAUUGUAUCCGAACCUGGGCCAACAUUUAGGAAAUUUGUUCCGAGCACGCUUUCACUCUGCUUAGAACAUAUUUAUCCUCUGGUGGCGACUCGGGAAACGUCUGAUAUACGGGCCCCCAUGUACUCACUCUUAUAUCAUACUUUACUAAACAAUUGGCAAUAUUUCUUCAAAUCGACAAUAGCAGGUCGUAGUUUAAAUAGCAACGUUGAGGAAGAAACAAACAAUAGCGAGGUUUUUCUUCUAACAAUGCGGGCUUUUGGUCAAUCUUUUCUUCAACCUGAUAUUUCAGUGUUCAGGCAAAAUUUGAGUAGUUUGGAAGACUUACACCUAAAGUGGAAGCUUUACCAGAAACCCAUAUUUCUUGAACAUCUAAUGGCCGAGUUCCUUACCGUAUUUGUCCAGGUGCUUGUCUCCAAAUCCCACAAUCUGCUGAAGGAAGAGAUUUCCAUGUCCAUUUUCAAUAUGGCGUUGGUUGAUUUUCCCGCGUUUUUUGACAAAUUUCUCCCGCAUUUACUUUCUGGUACAGAACAGCUGGAUGAAAAUCAACGCUCAAUACUACUGCAAGGAUUUCGGAGAGAUGUGGACUUACCUAGCUUUAUAGCCAACCUUUCCCGAUUCAUAACAGAUUUGCGUUUUUACCAGCUCAUCAACUCCAGUCUUCCCUCUGGUUCCAUAACAUUCUAGUUAUAACCAGUUUUAGUAGAAUCUAGUUGUAACCAGAUUUAUUAAGAAUAAGAAGAAUCUAGAAGUUAAUCUAGUUCAACCAGGUUUCAGUUGAAUCCAGUUCCUACCAGUUUCUACUGGUUUCUACUGGUUCCAUGAGCCUCCAGUUCCAAAAGCUUCCAGUACUUGAAAUACCAUCCAAAGUCUCAUUAUCUACCGUUGUUUUAAGUUAUAGAAUCAUUGUUUGAUAGUUCCAUUGAUUCCUUAUCCAUUCAUAAUAGUAAUAAUAAUAAUAAUUGCAGGCAAUCUUUAAUUCUAGGAAAUUAGACUUGAGUUUGAUCUUAUUUUUCUUUAUACUAAGAGCCUCUCUUGAAAUCUAAGAGCCCUUGGAAAAAACAAGUCGCCCAACCCAUUAGCGUGUUUGCCAAUUAACCUUAAAAAGCUGAUGGUUACUGAAAAUAGUUACAUUUACAAUUUACAAAAUAAAAUAUAUGGGCCGUUAAAUGGUUUUCAAUUGUUCAUUGUCAAGUACUGUGAUUUUUUGCAUUUUUAGUCAAGUGUGAAUUUUUUAUACUUUCAGA